UUCCUCUGUCGAUCAAAAAAAAAAAUAUGUUUUUUAUGUCAGUUAUUAAAUAUUUUACUAUUAUUUUUCGCUGAUGAUCAGCAGCGUGCGUGCCGCGCACCGGGCCGCAUAGCGGUCCCGUGGUGUCUAAUGGCAAUAAAAGAUGGGAAGUUGUUAAAAGUGCUUAAUUAAAGGAAACAAACAACCCCCCCCAAAAGACCCACUGUCAACAGCGGCUUUUACGUGCUGAGUGCUUAGAAACCUUAAGGCCGUUUUGAUGACACCGCUGGCGGGCCGGGAGCCGGGCGAGCGCCGGAGCCCGCGCAUUCACCUCAGCGGCCCGGCUCCUGCCCGCCCGGCGAGGGGCCGAGCGCCGGCGCCCCUCCUGCGGCUGAGCAGGCGCACCGCCGCGACGACGAGCUGACCUCCCUCUCAUGGCAGCGCCGGCAAGCUGCCGGCCGGAGGGAGCCUGCCGGUCGCCCCCUGACCUCCCCGCAAUGGCUCCCGCGACAUGGCGGCCGUCCCUCCCUCAGCCUCGCCUUGCCAAUAUGGCGGCCGCCCUCCCGCCGCUGCCGGCGGCGGCCAGGUGGUGCCGCCCGCCCCGCCCCGCCCCCGGGCGGUGGCGCCGCCCGCCCCGCCGUGCCUGUGUGCGCCGAGAGGCAGCGGGGGACGGGCGGCUCCGCGCUGCGCUGCGCUCCGCACCUGGGCGCGGCGGGGUGCCAUGGUGGCGGCGCUUUUCUACGGGGCGCUGGCGGCGCUGGUGCUGCUCGGGGUGCGGGACGUGCUGUUCCUCUACGAGGAGAACCGGUGCAGCAUGACCUACAUGUACGAGUACCCCGAGUACCUGAAAAUAAAAUUACCCAAGAAAAUAGCCAGACGAUACCCAGCAUAUGAGCUCUAUCUCUAUGGAGAAGGGAACUAUGCCGAAGAAAACAAAAAUCUCCUAUUGACAGGAAUUCCAGUUCUCUUUCUUCCUGGGAAUGCUGGCAGUUACAAACAAGUGCGUUCUCUUGGCUCCAUUGCACUUAGAAAAGCGGAAGACGUUGACUUCAAAUAUCAUUUUAAUUUCUUCAGCGUCAACUUCAAUGAGGAGUUGGUUGCAUUGUAUGGUGGUAGUCUACAACGACAGACCAAGUUUGUGCAUGAAUGCAUAAAAGUAAUUCUGAAGUUGUACAGGGGUCGAGAAUUCGCACCAACCAGUGUUGCAAUAGUAGGUCAUUCCAUGGGUGGUCUUAUUGCAAGAGCAUUGCUUACUCUGAAGAAUUUUAAGCCUGAGCUGAUAAACCUCCUCAUUACACAAGCCACACCUCAUGUUGCACCUGUAAUGCCUUUAGAUAAAUACCUUACUGAUUUUUAUACAGCUGUAAACAAUCAUUGGAUUCUAAAGGCCCAAGAUUUAAGAAAUUUAACUACCCUUUCUGUGGCGGGAGGAUUCAGAGAUUACCAAGUUCGUUCAGGACUGGCUUUUCUACCAAGAUCGAGUCAACAUGACAGUGCCUUAUCCGUUGUGAGCUCAGCUGUGCCAAGAGCUUGGGCCUCAACAGACCAUCUCUCCAUAGUGUGGUGCAAAGAAUUGAUCCUGGCUACCAUUAGAGCUUUUUUUGAUCUCAUAGAUGAAAAUACAAGGCAGAUAACUGAGGAUCCGAAGAAGAGAAUGUCUGUACUGAAUCACCACUUUGUGAGACACCCUGCAAAGAUAUUUGAGGAAAAUCCUGAAGCUUUUACAGAACUCACGGGAGCUUUCAUGUGGAUUACAGUCAAAGCCUCAAAAUGGACUUACUCAGUUUACAAUGAUUCUGAUGGAAAAUAUUUCACAUUUCCUCUUGCAAGCCACAGAAAAUCAUACAGUCAUGUUUACUGUGAAAACAGUAUGUUGGACACAAGUAGCUGGAUUUUUGGCUGUAUGAACAAUAAUUCAUCAAUGUGCCUGGAAGCUACUGAUUUGUCCUGGAGAGCUGAGUUACUUCCCACCACCAAGGUUGUAAUACUGAAGCUUCAGGACUAUCCUUCUUUGUCCCACAUUGUCAUUCAGGUACCACCCACAGUUGGCAAUAAGUAUACUUUGGGCUGUGAAUUCUUCAAAGAGGGUUCCAGAACAGUACAACUUCCUGUAACACAUCUUUUUUCAUUUGGGCUUUCUUCAAGCAAAAUUCUAUUAAAUUCAACUGGCUUACUUUACAAUGUACAGCUCCAGCACUUUAACCAAAUAUAUCAAGCUUUCAAAAUUUAUAUAGAGAGCCACUGCCAGUCAUUUGAAGAAAGAAAACCUAGUGUUUACAGACUUCAUAUACCCUGGUCACAUGAAGAUUCAGUAACUGUAGCAAAAGUUCCAUCUUCUACUGAGAUUUCUGCAAAACUGCAUAUUGCUCAGCCUAAAAAUGACAGCAGGGUUCCAGAAUUGAAUAUUUACUCCUCCUCAGACUGUCAGUAUGAAGUAGUUCUGAAGACGUCACUUUUACAGGUUCUUGGACAAAUAAUAAGGUUCCAUGGUGGUGCUCUUCCUGUCUAUAUUGUUUCUAAUAUUCUUCUUACUUAUGGAGGACAGUUGAGCACAUUGAUAUCAACAGGCCAGUGUUCAGACUUUUCCCUUGAACUAGUUAGGACAGCUAAGCCCUACAAAGUAGAACCUCUUAUAAGCAUUGUUGUGUUUCUGCAGGGGUUUAACUGGUUUAGAGAGAUAUGGGAAUCACUGUCACUACCAGAGGUGGAAGCUGCUGUACUGAGUAGUCAGGAUGCAUGGUUCCCCCUUGUGUCCCUGAUUCUAUUUCUUUUUGGGACAGGCAUUGCCUACUGGAGUGGAGUAUUUUUCUCUACAUCUCUGAGACUCUUCUCUUCAUUAUGGUUGACUCUGAUGAGGCCUACUGUACUUCAAAAAGAUAAGUUGAUUACACCCAGAAGACUCUGCGGGGUGUUAUCCCUUGCUGUGCUUAGCUGGACCACUUGUGGUGCAGUUGCUGUCUUCAUUAUUUAUCUUCAAUACUUGUUUAAGGUUAUAAAACUGCAUGUGAAUGUAAGAGCAGAACAAAACAUGCUCACUGGGGAUUCAGACCACUCAAAAGAAACUUCGCAGAACUCCAGGAUACACACAGUGAAAAACCAGAGUUUGAUGGACAGUAUUUCAGAAGCAACACAAUCUCUUCCCAACAGUACGACUGCUGAAGCCAUUAACAGUCUUAAGAUACACGUUACAAUUCUCAAUUUACUCACGUGGAUUGUGCUGCUGAACUUGCCAUCUUUAAUUUAUUGGUUAAAAAAUCUCAGGUACAAUGUUAGACUUGAUCCUGAUCCAUGCAGAUCUACAGCUAUUAUCAUCAUAUGCAUUUUAGAAAUUCUCAUGAAUUCAAGUGCUUUGGAACUGAAAUCAAGUAAACUCUUGAAGAUCGCAGCCAAAGUUCCACUCCCUUUGUCUGUUGCAAUGUUGGCCUUUGGACGAAUGCAUUUAUACAAAGUACCACACUUUGUAACGUUUUCUCUUCUUCUACAUGUGCUGUGUUGUAUUGUGUAAUGUUCAUUAUGCAUACGAAGAACAGUGCAGCCUAGAAACUUAACACUGGAGAUGGGGAAAAACUCAACAAAGAAAGGCCUAGAUUAAUAUCAUCAGUAGUUUACAUUGUGUGGGAAAGAAGACAGAACUGUGAAUACUUUGAGAAGUUCAUGGUUCUGUUCGUGUUGCUUAGAAAGAUUUCAUGGUGUUUAUUUCCUGACUGUGAAACUCUGUGUGUGUGUGUGUAAGCACAUAAAUCAUAUCAGUGUAACAUCUCAAUCUGUUUGCCUUGUAGACACUUCAAUUUUUCACUAUACUUCUCUGUUGAAACAGACUUUUUUUUUUUCCCACGCAGUAUGCCAUACGGUGCGUAUGUUCUGAACUUGCAUUUCUUGCAGGUCUAAAUUAUGCUGGUUAAAACUCAAUACGUUUCAAGCACACUGUGACUAUCACAAUAACUCCACAGCCACGUAUACUUUUAAUUAUUUUAUGCUACAUUUGAAAGCUGCCACAGUUGUGUCUAGACAAACUAGAAUGUACUGCUUAUAUAGAAUUGUUAUUUCUAUCAAAUCAUUUGUUCAAUCAGUGUGAGCUGAACAUUUUUGAGAUUAUUGAAAGUCUUACACAUUUUACUUUUUGUGAGAGUGAGAAAACAACAAUAAUCUGUGUAGCUUUCUAUUCAGGAAGGAUACCAGCAGAUUCAUAAACAAUUUGCUGUAAUGUUGUUUUAAAACAUUGUCAGAUUUCUCUGGAAUUUUCUCAAUUCUGAAACUACUUCUUGGACCUUGUCCAUAUGUAGAAGCUAGCAAACGAUGUAUGGUGUUGUGAGUUUACAGUGCAGCUGCUGUAUCGCACUAUAUCCAAGUAGGCAAGGCAGGUUUUUUUUCCUAUUGUAGACAGAGAAUCAACAGUCUCAUAAUAGAUAUCCAUACAUGAAAUUAAUAUGGAAUAGUUACAACACUGUAAAUUCAUGCCCUGCCACACAGGGCUAACUUCCUCACAUGGACAAACUCUUAGUAAUAGUGGGAAAUACUGACCAUCAUUAUUAGCUCUGUAUAAAGUAUUAUCUUAGUGCCUAGAUGCUACAGUGACUGCCAUUUAUAAUAAAGCCUAAAAUACCUAUGUGCAAGGAAUUCUGUCCCCUGGGUAUGUGUUUUGCCAACAGAAGAAAUCUCAGUAGCCGUUAGGUUAAGAUGAUCUAUUGAUUCUGUGUAGAGAUGAGCCUACUACUUGCUUCUGUGUUAGCUCUCUCCACUCUGUCCAAGAUACCUGUUAUCUUCAUAUGAAAAUACUAGACCAGCUUAAUCAUCUUAUAUGAAUACUAGGAGGAAAUCUGCUACCCACAGUCAAAGUAUAUUCUUGAUAUAUAGCAGUACAGCUAGCCUGACCCAUUAAUUUUAUCGUAUCUCAUUAAUCUUGCCUGAAGUGCCUCAGUUAGUUCUAGCGCGUUGUUAGGGUCAAUUAAAUUGAGCUGGCUGGAAGGCUUCAUUCACACAGUGACUUUCUGAAAUGAAGGACAGAUGUGAAGUAAGCACGUGUUUUGUCGUCUUGUAUCUAAGUCAGCAGUUGAAGUUAUCACCGAGUCACUAAAACUGCUUUAACUGAGUAAGACUAUUGUAGUUAACCAAACCACUGUCGCUGCUAUCAGUAAUCUAUAUGCUGGCGUUCUAAGUCUUCACCUUUUCUAAAAAAAAAAAGGUUCAAUUAUACACAGUGUUUGUAAAUCAGAAGUUACUUGAAUAGAUUAUAUCAUGAUACUUUCUAAUCAAGUGUAUGCUACAGUAUGUGUAUAUAAGAAUUUGUGUGUCUAAAUAUACUUGUAGCUAAAUCUACCAGUUGGUUUAACCUAAAAAUUGCUGUCCAGACACAGAAGAAUAGUUUCUCUACUUCCAAAUGGCUGUGAAUGAAAGAUGGUGGCAGAACUGCAUGGGGGCUGUAAAAGUCCGUCUGUGAGAUGUGCAGGGUCUGAUUUCUGUGGAAGAUAAUGUUCCUUGGCCUUCGUGGUCCUUUUGGCUUACUACUGUCUGUAACUUCUGAUUUUGUUUUGCUAUCUUAAUGGGCUCUUUAUGCACAAAUCCAUUUGUUGGAGGUGUUGAUGGAAUAAAAUAAUAAUCAGAAUAAGGAGAGCAAACAGUCUCUGCAUGUAGUAGCUUCCAAAAUCUGCCAUAAUGUGAAACUUUACUGAAUUACAGCAGCAUAGAAUAACACCAAUUUUUUUCAUUUAAUGCUAUUUUUAAAGCUGGGAAUUGUAUUGAUAGUUGUUACCACCUUUCAAGAAAUAGGUUACAGAAUCUUGCAUAUAUUGCUACCUGAUUUUCAAGUUGGAGGUAGGAAUCAAUAUAAUCCUGAGUCUGGGAUCCCGGAUGACAGAAUUUCUCACAUUUCCCUCGAGGCUGCUUUUUUCCGAGAUGGUUUGCCUUCACUGGGGAAAGGAGGGGAAAGCCUUACGGCUGCUUUGGAUUUACAUGCAUUCUGUGUCACUUGCUAGAUGAAAACUGUUCUGUGUUGCACGUCUGGGUUUUGCAGUGAUUGUGGACUCUGUAACCUCAGCUGUUUGAGACAUUAGGUGUCUUAAUCCCAACUAGAUUUUUUAUAUAAUCAGUGAAGGGGGACAGGAUGAGAACAAGUCCAGAGAAUGAUUUGUCCCGUUCUAAGAGAGGAUGAAUAAUCCCGCUUGCUAUUCUGAAAAGGAUAAGAUUAUUUUUUUUAACAGCCUACAAUUGUUUUUCAGGUAAAAUACAAUGAUAGUUUUGUUACUUUUCCAGAAGAGGCUUCUGUUACGAGAAUCUCUAGUUCUGCCACUGUUCACAAUUGCAAUCCCAGCAGAAACAUAGGCUAACCCAGUAUAAAUACUUUUAAUUGUGUGUAUGAGGAAGUGUAAAUAUUACUGAAAUAUCCUUUAUUAUGAAUAAGCUACAUCUAUAAAACAGCUUUUGGCAAAUAUAUUCUAACGUCUUUUAAUAACUUCAACUAAAUUAAAAUUCCAGUUUAUUCUUCAAAUUGUAGGUUACCUAGGCUGUGUUGGGAGGGGCUCCAAGACACAAAUUAACUUGUAACAGAUUAGAUCUCUGCUUUAAAAGGGAAGAUUUCUAUUAACAUGCAGACCCAAAUUCUGUCAUUCUCUACUUUUUCAGAAGUGGAGGUACUGAUUUGGCAAAAAUACUGUUCUUUAUCCAUGUGAAAGUUCACCACAUUCAGAUGGAAAUUAUGCCACAUAAUCAAGCCUUUAGGUUGAGAUUAAGCCACCAUUUUUUGGCUUGUACCUCAGGAUGCAUUCAAAAUAAGAACUAUUUGUGUGGCUCUUUUCUAAUUUUCUUUUUUUUAUAAGCUAUCAGAAACAGAAUAAGAAAAUAGGGUAAGAACUUAAAGAACCAAAUGUCACUAAUUUUAGGUACGGCAUAUCUGUACAGCAGAAUCUUUCUUUGGCAGGGGCAGGGGGAGAUUUAAUGGAAGCUUUUAGCGACGUCUCUGUACCUUGAAUUGCUCUUGAGGUCUAUAAUCUUUUCUGGUUGAUAUGAUCAAACGUGUUCCUCAUAGUCUUAUCAUGCUGCAAUCAUAAUAGCUACACCUGUAGCUAACAGUUCAUAAAAGGUCUGUAUCUGGUAAGGAAAAACUGUUACCUCUUAACUGGCAUUACCAAAUGUACCUUGAAACUGAAUGAAUGGGUGUUGUCCAAAGGUGGUAUUUUCUGUUUUGAUUUAAAAGUUGGUUGCCGUAUGUCAUGUUUCAGCAUCCUGUUAAAAGGAUUGGGGUUUGGAGUUUUGAUUGUGGUUUUGUUUGUUUUGUUUUAAAAAAAAAUAUUGCAGUACCUGGAAUUUAAGUUAGUAUUAUUUCUAAUAUUUAGAGUUCUGCUCUGAUUUGGGUUUCGAAUAGAGCUGAUACAUUUAGUCAUUCAUUCCAAAAUAUGACCUUGCUAAGUUUUAAAACAAACAAAUAACACAACAAAACCCUAAACAAUGUAGUAGUCAUGUGUUGCAGAAGACAUAGAGGCUGCCUGUAUGUCUAAGUGAACUUUUCAACUAUAACCUAAUUGGGCUACCUUUAAUGUCAACAUUAAAAAAAAAAAAGAUGAAAUGUAUUGAUGCUUAAAAAAACCCAAAAGCAUUGUUGCUUAUGUCAGUAUUUGGCAUGAAGUCUAGUUUUCCAUGUGUUUGCCAGUAACAGGUUAUGAACUUGUUACUUGACUUUUUUCUGAAAUCUGAUACUUCUGCUUCUAAGCUUUGAUAGGAGAGAAUAAAGUUGAUCGUGUGCUGUGAAUAAAUGUAAACAUCUGAGAAGCUUUCAUUUGAUCAAGUUUAUUUCAAUACUGAUAAGUGUGUUUAGACUCUUGUCUUACUGAUGCUGAGAAAAACCCAGCCAUUUACAGACCUUCAAUACUCUUGAGUUACUGAAUAUGUUUUUAGAAGUGGUUAAAGUGUCUGUACAAUAAUUGCACUGCUGUUUUAAGUCACUAAGCUACCAGAAAAUUUUUAGCUGUAAAAGAAACUAAAUUUUUAAUGCUUACUUUCCAUUUCGUGAUCAAUGUUAGUCGCUUAAUUUACAGCUUUGACUUUUUACAUCUCUCUGGGAGACAAUCAAGCUAGGUUUUAUAAGCACUUAGCACUGUACUGGAAAAGGUUUUAAAACUUGCAUCGCUGUUCCUUUAGGGGAGACCUGCUUUUGUCACCAAAGCUACAUGCUGCUCUCUUAUACCUCUGGAAAUGUGUGCCAAUGAAUGACAACUGAAAACAGAUUCAUUUUUAUGUUGAAGUAAAAUGGGGUUUUGACCUUUUUUUAGAGCCAGAACUUUAAGCUAGUAUUCAUAAUAGAAACCUUAAAAUCUCUAAAAGCUUAUUUGAAAACCUUUUAAAAAUAUUUUAAUUUUCUGAUGUAUAUUCUUAUUUACAGAAGAAUGUAUUUAAAGCUUUUAAUCGGCUCAUUUAUUUUAAAGCCUAAAUAAAAUACAUAAAUUUCAUCUUGUUAUUAAACAUUACUGCUUUUAAAAGUAAAUUUUAAGCACUUAAGGAGACAACUCUAUAGCCCUUACUUAAGCAAAUCUGCGCAGCACCUCAGUUUUUCAAGUAUCUAAGCACAUAGCUGCCUUGAAUAUGUGCUUAUUGCCUUGUAGCACAGAAACCUGAGUCAAAGCUGUGACGUUUCGACUUCAAUUUUGCUUAAGAUUUAGGGUCUCAUUCUGCAUUCUUAAAUACUCACACUGUCAUAAACAAAUCUUGUGAGCGUGGCCUCUGUGCGGUUAUUGGCAGGUUGCGGUUUCUGUAGGAAGCGGUGUGGUAUCGGAGAGUUUUGUGUCUAUGUAGGUCGGGAGUGGCGCGUGCAAGCUUGUUUUGCCACACAGCAUUCCAGUUCCUCCUUCCAUACACAGGUAUCCUUGGUUUGCGGUGUCCUGCCGCUGUCGUACUAAACGGAACGUUCGCAGGAACAGUGACUGCCCGAGUGAAGUUAAACAGCGGCUGCCUUGCACACUGUUGUGCUAUUGCAGUUUUGCAUGUUUGUUGAAAUACCAGCAAAGACACUUUUUCCCCCUCUGACUUAAAUAAUUUCAGGGCAUAUAUAUUAAGUAUUGAACAUGCAAGUGUGUUGAUUUUUAGUUUUAUAAAAUGUUAAGUGCACUAUUUGGGGACCAGUUCAGGCUUCAGUUAUUUUCCACUUAAGUCAUUUCAGACUGCAGCACCUGACAACUUAAAUAUUUUACAGAAGUCUACAAGUAGUUAGACAUGACAUGUAUAAUUAGAGUGCCAGACCAAAACUGACAUGUGAAAUUAUCCACUGUGACUUUAAACUUGUAGCUUUCUAGAGCAAAAAAAAAAUUAAAAAUAC